CUCAUUCGUCCCCUUUUCCCCGCACUUUCGUCCGGUGCUGUAGCUGCCUGUUCUGUUUCCUGUAUAGCCUGGUCGCCGGCCAAGAUGUCGAAGGAGCUCAAGACGUUCUCUCGCGAGGAUGUCGCGAAGCAUAAUAAGCCCGAUGACCUCUGGAUCAUCGUCGACGCGAAGGUCUACGAUGUGACCAAGUUCCAAGGUCUCCAUCCUGGUGGUAUCUCCGUCUUCCAAGAGGCAGACAUCGCUGGACAGGAUGCAACGGAGGCAUUCUACGGCCUGCACCGUCACGAGGUCCUGGAACGUCCCCAGUACAAGCGUCUGCAGAUUGGCGUCAUCCAAGGCGAGAAGAGCGUCAUUUACAGCCAGAUACCUGGCGAGCUCAGCAAGAUCCCCUACGCCGAGCCCCUUGGCCUUUUGAAGGAGUACCACAGCCCGUACUAUACCGAGAGUCACAGGAAGUUCUUGCACGCUAUCCGCAAGUUCAAUGAUGAGGUCAUCACCCCUGAUGCGCUUGCUAGAGAAGAGGAUGGAAAGCGGCCCAGUAGCAGUGUUAUCAACCAGAUGGCUGAAAAUGGUAUCCUUGCUAUGAAUAUGGGUCCUGGCAAGCACUUGGAGGGCCGUACACUGCUUGGUGGUCUCAUCAAGCCCGGGGAAUUCGAUCGCUUCCACGAGCUCAUACUUAUGCAGGAGCUCGUCCGGCAUGGAAUGCGUGGUUACCGUGAUGGCCAGAACUCCGGUGCCACUAUCGGCCUCCCUCCUGUCAUUCACUUCGGGCGUCCGGAACUCCGCGACCGCAUUGUUGACGAGGUCCUCUCUGGUCGGAAGUUCAUCUCGCUCGCCAUCACAGAGGCCUUUGCUGGUUCCGACGUAGCCGGCCUCAAGACGACAGCGAAGAAGACUCCCGAUGGCAAGCACUGGAUCAUCAACGGUACGAAGAAGUGGAUUACGAACGGUACCUUCUCCGACUACUUCACCGUCGGCUGCAAAACCGACAAGGGCCUCACUGUCAUCCUUGUCGAGCGCCAGGACGGCGUCGAGACCAAGGCCAUCAAGACCUCUUACUCGUCCACGGCCGGCACAGCGUACAUCACGUUCGAGAACAUCAAGGUGCCUGUGGAGAAUACACUCGGGCCGGAAGGCGGAGGCAUCUUCGUCAUCCUCUCGAACUUCAACCACGAGCGCUGGGCGAUGUGCUGCGGGGCCUCGCGGAACAUGCGGCUCAUCGUCGAGGAAUGCCUCAAGUGGGUGAACCAGCGCAAGGCGUUCGGGAAGCCGUUGCACGCGCAGCCGGUCAUCCGCGCCAAACUCGCGAACAUGAUUGCGAAGAGCGAGGCCGCGCAACACUGGCUCGAGAGCAUCACGUUCCAGAUGCAGCACAUGGACUACAAGCAGCAGGCGCAGCUGCUCGCGGGACCGAUCGCACUCCUGAAGAUGUACAUCACGCGCUCUUCGCAGGAAGUCGCCCGGGACGCCGUGCAGGUGUUUGGCGGUCGUGGUAUUACGAAGACGGGUAUGGGCAAGCUCAUCGAGCACUACCACAGAACCGUGCCGUUCGACGCGGUACUUGGUGGAGCGGAAGACGUCUUGGGCGACUUGGGUGUACGUCAGGCGAUCAAGGCAUUGCCGAAGAACGCCAAGCUAUAAUUACAGGAUUGUCGGCUUUGACGCGGUGGAUUCCCUUGCUUGCACGUUACUGUAUACCAGUGUAUUCUACUACGACUUAGCAUUAUUGGGCAGUCUCGACAAUUACA